AUGACGAAUUUUAGUUUUAUUUUAAUAUCGUUAGGAAUUAUUUUAGGUGUGUCAGCAAUUCCUCAACCACCAAAUGCAGCAGUAGAAACAAAAACAGUAGAUAUAGUGAAACCGGAUGACAGUACGAUCGUUAAAACUUCAGUAAAUAGCCAUGGUGAUGUCGACGACGAAGAUAAAGGUUGGGAAUACGAAAAUACAACUUUCGUCGAUACAAGAAGAAUACUUUACAGCAAAAGGGUCCUUCCGGCCAAAAGGCCUUACAUGGUUUACUUACAAUUGACUAAAGAAUCAGCUAAGGCUCAUAAGUACCGUGGCUGGCUAUGCGGUGGAGUUAUCGUGGACCCCUACUACGUGCUCACGUCGGCCGCUUGUGUUGAAGACGCCGACCGCUUUUACAUAGUCUCUGGAACUACUAGAUUUGUAGAUAGUUUCGACUACAAAUCUGACGAUUGCGUUUGCAAGCAUCGACGUAAAGUUGUGUGGAAAUGUAUUCCGAAAAAUUACAAGUUCGACUUCCAAGACAGUAUCAAAUGGUCUUCCAACGACAUUGCUAUCGUUAAAGUUGAUAGACCGUUCAAACUGGGAGUUUGCGAGAAGGGCUGUGAGUUUGCCACCGAUAUCAUUUGCUACAACAACAUUAGUAGAGAGCUGGAAAAGGCCGGCACAAAGGGAUACAUCGCUGGUUGGGGAAGUGGCAAUAACUUCAGAGAGGGUGUUUAUCGACGGCAAAGUGUCCAUAUCCCCGAGAAUGCUAAAUGUCUCCAAGAAGCCAAAGUUUGCAUUAUGGACAACGAACAAUGCGCCAAGAAAUGGGCGCAGCGGUUCAGGAAUAUUAUCACACAGUACAUGAUUUGUACUAAGGACGUCAUGAAGAAACUCAGUGAGAUAUGUGACAAAAAAUAUGCAAACUGUACUGACGUAGAAAGUCGUAGGCAGAUCGAGGGUCCUGUUGAUUCAUCGAAUAAGAUAUUCAAUGUAGACUUGGGCAGACAUCUGAGGGAUCCCGAUGACUACACUGCGAGACGGGCCAUGGUACAAGGAGGAUUUUGCGAGAAUGACCACGGUGGUCCUCUAAUAGUGAAGUACCAAGGGAAAGAGAGAGUGGUUGGUGUGAUCUCGGCGUGCAAGAUCGACCCCAAGAGUCACAGUUGCCACGGUCCUUUCCUCUACACAUCAGUCUUCAAGAACAGACAGUUUAUAUCUUGCGCCAUUCACAAAGAUGUCGAAGAGAAUUGUCGGAGAGUGUUCCGUACUGGUAUCACACACGAAGAAUGGUCGGUCAACUGGGACAAUGUGAAGGACGAAGAAGAUGACAUUAAACCGGAAGGCAGUAAUAAAGACGACAAGGACUCCGAAAGCGACAACGAAAGCUCCAACAAAGAAGUUCAAAGAGUACGAAAACCCAAAAAAGUAGAAAAGAAAGAAGAAUCUGAUAGUUCCGACAGCAGCGACAGUAAAAGUGAAGAAGUAAAGAAACAAAAGAAGGAAAAGGGGGAACGAGAAGAAAAAGAAGAAAAAGUUGAAAAAGAGGACAAGAAACACGGGAAAAGGAAGCAGUCUAGCAAGCACGGAAAGAGUAAGAAAAAGCAUUCCAGUGCGAGUUCUUCUAAAAAAGCAGAAGUUAAAGGGGAUGAAAAGAAAGCUAGCGAAGAGAUUCACCUCCGCGGACAGCAAAAGCGCGAAGUAUUCUACGAGUCCAGUCGCGAUGAAAACGUCAAUGAUCCUGAUGAUGAAUAA